GGUCCCUUACUUAAUAAAAACUUGGGCGGGCGGGGCAAGGAGAAGGUUCUGGUAGGAGCGGUUGGUGGGGAGUUGAAGCUCGCGAGCGUAACGGUUGUUGUCGCUGGGGUUAUUGUUUUGCCAUGGCCCGUGGGAACCAGCGUGAACUUUCCCGCCAAAAGAAUAUGAAGAAAAACCAAGAACAGAGCAAGGGGAAAAGAAAAGAGGACGCUUUAUCAGCUUCUCAAAGGAAACAGAGGGAUUCUGAAAUUAUGCAGCAGAAGCAAAAAGCAGCAGAUGAGAAGAAGACUCAUCAGGCAGGAGCAAAAUAAUAUGUGGCUACAGAGAGGACCUAAUAAUGCUGCAGCAUCUCAAAAUAUAGGGCCUAAAAAAGACAUAUUUGUAAAGUAGCCAGCCAUUAAAUGGUUAAUGUUUAUCUUCUACUUGCUUGCUUGUCCAGUAUGCAUUUAUUUUAGAAUGUAUGGUUAGUAUAGUGUAUUUGCAGCUGACUUGGCUUUGACUGAAUUACUAGAAUCUGGUCCAAUAAAAUUGGAUUUUAAGGUUGUAUUUCCCUUUGCAUGUCUGUUAGUAACAGUAUCAAUAGCCAAAAUGUAUUUUAUUGUUAAAAUGUUUGCUCAAUAAAUUGCUUGUGUGAUUAUACCAGUUAUUAUAUAUGCAAGUAAGCUGGAAAAUAUAUAUGGCAGCACUCUUACAUUCAGAAGUAAUAUUUUAAAAGGAUAGGUAUCUACUUGCUUUCUACUUUGUAAAAGGUCAGCUGUAAAGUUAAUCAUGAAUUAUUUUUACAAUAAAAAUAUUGCAUGACAUAUUGUCAGAAUUGGGUACUCAAGAAGCUCCAAUAGAUUUUCAGUUAUUACUGGAAAUGUGACAUAAUUUAGAGAAUGUCACAUUUAGCACAAAUAACUUGCCUUUCAUCAUGUGUUCUAACUUCAAUCUGAGUAUUUAAUACCAUUCUUCAGUAAUUGCAAACCAAGAUUCUCUCUAUGUAAAAUUGCAAUUAAAAUCUAAUUUGAAUUAAAAUAUAAA